GUUGCAUGCAUGGCCGCCCCAAAUGAGUUUUAACAGUUGUACUCGCUCCGAAAAAUCGCAUUCUUUACUGGCACCUUAACCAAGAAACUCUGAAUGCUUUUGUCUUCCAAAUUGUAAUGUUUUCUACUGGCGUCUAUCCAAAUUUUACCUGAAGUGUACCAGUGCAUCUACAUCAAAUCGUUCGUGGUUGGGCUUUCAACUUGUAGAAAUUACAUGCCUAUAAAAAAUGCAUCCUACUUCUUGUGGUCUUUGCCUCUACAUUAAAAUGCUCCAGCUUCACAGUGGUGACAUAGCUAAAGAAUGCUUGAAACACGUGAAAAUGGUCGUUCCGACCAUUGUCAUGUUCGGAGUUGUGCCUCAGUAUUUUUUCAUUUGGAUCGCGUGGAGAUUUAUGUCGUGUUUACUACCAAACUGGAUUUAUCAAGCAGGCGAUGACAUUUACUAUUCAGUUUAUCAAAAAUUCGUGCUGUUCUUCUUUGAGCAUGUGACGGGAACGAAACUAAUUAUACAUGGAAAUUUAGAAGUUUUAUCAAAAAAAGAAAGAGUUAUUUAUAUUAGUAAUCAUCAAAGCACUGUGGACUGGAUUGUUGUUCAUAUGCUUGCUGAUCGGCAGGGAUCUAUUGGGCAUGUGAGAUAUGUUAUGAAGGAUUCAUUACAAUUAGUACCACUGUAUGGAUUUUAUUUUUAUGAGCAUGGAUGUGUUUUUGUAAAAAGGCACUACUUUGACUCUAAAAAGAUGGUAUCAUCUCUUCGAUAUUUGAAAGAUAAAAGAAUUCCUACCUGGAUGGUUAUUUUUCCCGAAGGAACUCGUUACAAUCCUGAAGCUUCUGAAAUGAUUGAAAAGAGUCAGUCAUUUGCAAAAGAUAGAGGUCUUGUGCCUUUGAAGCAUGUUCUUACACCUAAAUAUAAAGGCUUCCACAUAGCUCUAGAACAUUUGAAAAAUAAUCUGGAUGCUGUGUAUGAUGCAACUGUGAUCUAUUCUUGUACAAAGGGAAGCAAGAAAACACUGCGUACUAAAGCACCAUCUAUGUUUGAAUUUGUUACUGGUUGUUGUGAUGCUGUUUAUGUUCAUAUUAAUCGUAUUGACAUGCAUAAUAUUCCAACAAAUGAAUCGGAAUUCAAGACCUGGUUGCACAAUCUAUUUCAUAAAAAAGACAGGCUUCUAGAUGAAUACUAUAAUGGCAAAAAUUCUCCGUCCAAAAAUUCUUUGCUGUCUCAAGGUCACAGAUCGCCAGCCAAACUUCUUCAGAAUUUUGGCUGUUUCUUGUUUUUUGCUACACUAAGUGCUCCAAUUGUUUUGACUCAAUAUGGACGUUCCUUGUAUUGGAAGACUUGGAUAUUUGGCACAGUGUUUGGAUACUUUUGGUUAAGUAUCCGAUCUGUCAGUUGAUUUUACGAAAUAUAGUUUAUUCUAAAUAUUGUUUAUUAACUGGGAUUCUUUUAUAUAAAUUAUGAAGGGAUCAACUUGUUAGUCUUAAUUAAAACUUUCUAGUCUUAGCAGGUUAAACAAUCAGAUUCAAUCAGUUACACAAGUUGAUCUGUUUAGAAUUGCUGAGAGCCAGCCAUGUCCUGUUAUCAGUUCCAUGCAUGAUUCUGAUCUAGUGCUGUAAUUUUAGAAUUAAAAAAAAUCAUUAAAUAGUAAUCUAACUAACCUUAAAGGUAAAUAUUUAUCUAUAUUUAUUGUAUAAGCUGCAUAAGAAGUUACUGUAUAGAAUUAGAAAGUGGUCCUUUAUCUUGAUCUAUUUACUAUUCAUCCAAGAAUUAUAUGAGAAAGAUUUUAAAGAGUAUUUUUUAAAAAUUUAAGUAAAGUAAGAAAUUUAGAUUAGCAAGCUGAAAUUGUUACUUAUUUGCUUCUAUAGAUAAAUUAGGAAAUAUUGUAUGUACAUAUUCUCUUGUUAGUUUUAUGAAAAACAAAGCGUUCCUGCCUUUGUCACUUUUAUUUAAUAUUCUGGAAGAGUUUUUCUAGUCUGUUGUUACAAUUCUAUCUAGAUUUUUUUUCAUUAUAAAUAUAUUAAUGUUACAGUAUGCUUUAUUAAAAUUUUUGAAUUCUGAAUCUGUAAAUUAUAUGGCAUAAAUUUACUUGCUCAUAGAGAUAACUAUUUUUCAUGUUAAUGAAUUAUUUGCUCAAGAGGGCAGCAUUUUUAUAUAUACUUUUAAAGAGCAAUCUUUGAAAUCUAAUCAGUUUCAGCCCAAAAGCCCCAUCUGCAUGCGUUUUAAUUGUAUGAAAUCAUUCCCCUACAGCUCCAUGAAAUAAAUUUGCUCAAAAGACAUACAUAAUCUUAUGAUAGCCCUGGGAACAAAAAUUUCACCAAAGAAAUAGUUUACCUAUAAUUAUUUAUGUGAUGUUAUUUUAGGAACCAUUUAUUUUCUUUGGAAGGAAUUUUUAAAUAUGAAAUAGUUAAAUGUGUCAUUUUUGUGCCCUCGUUAUUUCUAAAUGUUCAUUCAGUUCCCACCCAUUUUAAACAAUGUUGCAUUUUACAUAUGUUAUUUGUGUUAAUUUUAAUUUGGUGCUUUAUUAUUAUUAUUAUACCUUUUGACUGCCAAUAACUGUUCAUUUUUUUAUAUGUAAUAUAUGACUAGUUAAUGUUUGUAUAGUAUUUGUCUUCGUUGUUUAUGUGCAGUUUUUAAAACAUUGCUCAUGGAAUUAAAGUUUAUUAGAUUUUGUUGUAUACUGGUUAAAAAGAUAUAUCUGUUUUCUGUACUAUUGCUUGUUUCUCAAUUUUGCAUUAAAAAUAACUAUUAACAAAACUUGUUUUUCAGACAAUGGAUGCUGUACAGAUAUAGUUAUAUUUAUAAGUUAAAGCAGACAAAUGAUUUAAAAAAUGAUGUAAUUGAUUUUUUUUAUAACUAAAGUAAUAUGUAUGUUUUGCUGUGAGUGCAUACUUCUUAGAUUAUUUAGCCAUAUAAUGUGUUUCUUUUAUUGGCAUUCAAGUGCAUGAAUGUCCUUCCCAAUUUGUUAAGAAAUUUAGUCUUUUAAAAAGAAAUUUGGAGAAUGAGCAAUUCUUAUCAAUUUUAUAUGAAAAUUUAUUGCUCAUGCAUUUGUUUUGUAGAGAAAUUAUAAAAAAUGUUUGUGUUUGGCUAUUUCUUCAUAUUGCUUUACUUAGAAAGUAGUAUCUUUACAACUGAAGUUAUUUAUUUUAAGAAAGUACUUAUUGAAUCUUAUAUUUAUGUUUCAUUGUCUCUUUACCAAAGAAAAAUUUAUUUCCUUAAUUCUUUUAAUCUCAAAGUAAUAAUGAGGUAAUUGCUUUUAAAAUGAGUGUAUAACUUGAUGUCUAGAUUUAUUAUUUACUUAUAUGAUGUUAUAAUGCUAUGCACUUAGUGAUUUAUAAGUUUUGCUGUUAAUAAAUGAGAAUUUCUCAUAUCUAACUGUUGAAGGUCUGAUAUAUCUAGUGUGCUCAUAAAUUUCCUUGCUGAAAUGAAUGGUUUGUAUAGAUUUUUUUUAAUGAUUCUUUAAAAAUAUGAAUUCUAAUUUAGUGUAAAGAUGUAUUGAGAUAGGUAGUAGAUAAGCUAUACUUCCUUGUGUACUAAUCCAUAUUUUUAUCUACUUCAUCUUUUCUUUUAUUAAUAUACAAAUAAAAUAUUAUCUUCAUAAUUUAACGUAUUUAUUAACUAUUAAAUCCAGAUUUUAUUAAGAUUUAGAACUAAAAGUGAGUAUACAAGACCUGAGCUCAAAUAGGAACUUCUUACAAUUACACAAGGUGCAGGCUGACAAUCAUUUAGUAAAAGAGCUAAAAUUUAUAGCAUUUGAGCAAUACAUUAUUUAUGCAUCAAAAUUUAGUUUAAGGUUUCAUAGCUGAAAUAUGAAUAAGUAGUCUUUAAAAACAAACUUUUUUAUUCCACCAAUUGUUUUAGGCUUUGAUUUUCAUAUUCUACUUCUAGAAAUUCAUAAUGUAAAGUUUAUUAUUUUAUCUCCUUCCUAAAAAAAAUGUUUCAAAUUUCUGCCUAUUAAAUUGAUAAUUUUACCUAUUCAAUAAGCUUUUCUUAUCAAAGAAAUCCAUUCUAUAGUCCCCAUAAGUCUUUAUCAUUUAAUUUUUUUUAUUUCUCCUCUGUAUGAUGUUAUACAAAUCUAUUUUUAUGGAAAAUUCUGAAGAAAAUUUCUAUCCUAUGAUAAAGAUGAGCAGGUGUAUAUUUUACACUCAUCUUGUGUAAUGCCCUGAUGUUUGCUUUCUGCAUCAUGUUAAAGAUCAUGUAUAGCCAGAAUUUGUAUUUUCUUCACAGUACUUACAAAACAUCAUACAAUAUUAGUAAAAACAUGCACUGUUUAUAUCUAUUAUGAUGUAAAUAAUUCUAUCUUUUUCACACUAACCCUUUGACUACUAAUGCAACAUAUAAAAAUGGUAAACAUUUAUCAAGAUUGGAAGCUUAGACAAAUUUCAUGUUUUCCUAUGAAAAAGUGUAGCAAAAAAGACAAUUUUAUGCAGAAGUUUAUGGGCACUCUAGGUACUUAUGUUAUGACAUUGCCUGAUAUAAAUGUGAUUUAAGAUACUGUAUUCACAGUAUGAAUCAUUAUAAAUGGAGAACUUAAUGCUUUGGCAUGGCACAUUUUGCCCAAAAGUGUGUUCAUUUCAACUCAGGAUUUACCUGCCUGUCAGUGAUGCUAAAUACUCUAUGUAUGAAUAGCAAUAACUUAUCUCAUCGAAUGUAUGUAAAUUAUUUUUUGAUCCUAUGAAGUGAGCGAAAGAAAUUAUAUGUACUUUAUUAUAAGAAUCGUAAGGAGAUUUUCAUUGUUUUGGUGUCUUCUGCUGUUAUGAAUUUAUGACUGUUUGAAUGCGGGAUAGCAUUUCAUUUGUAUUAUUUUAGUCAUUAAUAUAUUUGGAGUAGAUUAGUUUUGAAUCUUGAUGACUUGAUUAAUGUCAUCUGGUUGAUUGUAGUUUGGAAAAUCAAAAUCAACAAAAUAUAAAGAUGUUUGCUGCACUUAUUUACAAAAAAGGUAGUUUUUAAAAAUUGUUUUUUUUCUAGAUAAGAAAAUACUUUUCUGAAAGUAGUUAUUUCAUCAUAUUUAUUAUAGUUCAUAUAAACUGCUAAUCUUUACUAAAAAAAUGAAUUUU